AUGUCUCUUGAACGCGUCGACUCAGUUGACCCUACGGAGGUCUACGACUACAUCAUCUGCGGUGGCGGCACUUCAGGCUGCGUAAUUGCAGGUCGUCUUGCCGAGGACCUCAAUGCCAAGAUUCUCGUCCUAGAAGCUGGGCCCGACAAUGCUGAUCUAGAGAAUGUGCAUAUGGCGGGAGGGUGGAGCAAGAACUUCGACAGCGAGACAGAUUGGAAUAUCGUGACCGAGCCCAUGCCCAAGGUUGAUAACCGACAGGUCAAAGUCAGCAGAGGACGCUUCCUCGGAGGUUCGAGUGGCGUCAAUGGUACGCUAUGUAUUCGUGGCACAAAGCAAGAUUACGAUGAUUGGGAGAUGGAUGAAUGGACCGGAGAUAAAAUGUUCGAGUAUAUGAAGAAGGCCGAGACUUUCCACGAGAAGGGCUGGCAUAAAGCUGAUAUGUCGGUUCAUGGGACGUCAGGACCUCUUCACACCGAGCCUCACGAUCUAGCGCCUAUUUCUGAACGUGUCAGAGAGAGUCUUGUCGACCAAGGCCUUCCUUACCACGCCGACAUGUUUUCAACAGGAGAGACAUCUCAUGGAUGCGGAGACGUACCACGAACAGUGCAUCAGGGUAUCCGGAGUACCGCCGCAGACUUCAUCACCAAGGGCUAUCGACGGGAAAAUAUCACUAUCAAGACCGAAGUGACUGUCAACAAACUGCUCUUCAACAAGGAUUCCGAGGAUCUCACGGCAACAGGCGUCGCAACGAUAUCCAAGAACGGCAAAAAGAUCGAUUACCAAGCGAGAAAAGAAGUGAUUGUCGCAGCAGGCGCAUAUUGUAGUCCACCAAUCUUAAUGCGCUCCGGCCUUGGACCAAAAGAACAGCUGGAAAAACAUGGAAUCGAGUGCCUCGUUGAUCUCCCCGGUGUUGGCGGAAACCUAAUGGACCACGUUCUCUGCUUCAUCUUCUACGAAGUCUCCGAACCAAACCUGACGAAUGACCACCUCGCAUACCACGAUAACGCCAUAGCCUCAACCUACGCCCUCUACCAAGAAAAGAAGACUGGAAUUCUCUCUACUUUCCCUUUUGGUAUAUUCGGCUACGCCCGCCUUGACGAGCGCCUCCAAGACUCGCCCUUGUGGGUCAACGCGCCCCGACAGUCAGGCCGCGACCCUAUGGGUCUCACGCCCUCACAACCAAACAUCGAGUUCUGGAACACGGAACUAUAUGGUGGGCCAAAGCAAUAUGAAGACUUCCCUAUUGACCACAAACACGCUUUCGCCAUGUGUGCGUUGUUGUUCAACCAGCAUAGUAGGGGGAGUGUGACGCUCAAGUCUUCUGAUCCGAUGGAGAACCCGAUUGUCGACCAUGCCUACCUAGAAGACCCACUGGACAUGCUGGUCAUGAGCGAGGCAUGUCGAUUUGCGAACGAAAUCAUCAUGAAAGGCAAGGGAACGAAGGAUGUUAUCAAGGGCAGUUGGCCGGAGGGUUUGGCACAUCAUGGGUUCGAGACUAGGGAAGAGUGGGAGCCGCAUGUUAGGGAACACGCUACGACUUGUUACCAUGCUUCCGGCACCUGCGCAAUGGGCAAAUCGGAUGACCCGAAUGCCGUCCUCGAUUCUCGCCUUCGCGUCCGAGGUGUUCGCAACCUGCGUGUCGCGGAUGUGUCUUCUAUCCCCAAGGUGAACAACGGACAUACGCAGAUGGUGGCGUAUGGCAUCGGAGAGGGAGCAGCAGAGAUGAUCAAAGAAGAUGCUCGAGAUGGCGGGAAUCACUUCUUGAAGCUUACGGAUGAUAUCAAAAGUAUGGCGGUUUAA